CAGAAUGUGGUUUCUCGUUCGAGUGCUGAAUCAGAAUAUCGGGCUAUGGCACAAUUGGCAUGUGAGAUAAUCUCGAUAAACCAUUUAUUGAGUGAAACCGGAUUGAAGACACCAAUGCCUGCUAAACUCUGAUGUGAUAACCAAGCUGCUAUACACAUUGCCAACAACUCAGUGUUUCAUGAGAGAACAAAACAUAUUGAGGUCAAUUGUCACUUUGUUCGAGAAAAGAUACAACAAAGAUUCAUCUCUACAGGAUAUGUGAAAACUAGAGAACAGCUUGGAGAUUUAUUCAUUAAAGCACUAAAUGGAAUUCAUGUUGAUUAUUUGUGUAACAAGUUAGGCAUGAUAAAUAUUUAUGAUCCAACUUGAGGGGAGUGUGAAAGACAUUAGAAUAUACUUUAGAAUAUGCUUUAAAAUAUUCUUCUAUGUUUAGAAUAUGCUUUAGAAUAUUUUAGGAUUAUACUCUAGGAUAUUAUUAUUGUAUAAAAUCUUAUAGGAAUAUUCUAUCUUUGUAAUGUAUAUAUAUAGGGACAUAACCCUCAAAUGAAAUAGAAGGAAAAUCAUUUUCCUUCUCAUCUUUAAUUCUUAUAACACUCCUAAAUCCUCAUUACCAAUAAACAAAUCUCAAAAUCAAAACAUGUUUUCACUUUUCAAAAAACAAUCAAAGUUCAAUCUCUUAGAAUAGACUAGAACUUAGGUCACGAACUUAGGUCACAAAUAGUCUUUUGGAAUAUUGAGGAUAUAAAAACAUAUUAAAUAUAUAUGAAGUAAAAACUAUCUAAAAGAGAUUUAUGCAAAAAACAGAAAUAACAAUAUCCACAAAUUGAAUUGAAUGAUAAAAUAAUAAUUUUUUUAAAAACAACAAAAAAUGGCAACCUCUUAAAGUUACAAGUGAUGGGGAGUACCAUUCUUCCUAGUUCCUACGAGACUUGUAUAUGUUAUAUGUAUAUGAUACGAAUGCUCCAAUCAUUGGACCAGAACUCCUUAUUUGUAUAAUUAUUUAAUCUAUCUGAUGAUGUAGAGUCUGAAGUAACAUUCCCAUCACUUCUUCAUCGCCAUGUUACCGACUUGGCUCAGCCCAGUCUCCUUGUACGGCGGUUUCGUCCGGCGGUGCCUCUCAGCCGCCGGCCUCACUCCGCAAUCAUUGGACAUCGAUGACGACACUACUCUCCACUUCUGGGGUCCGAACCCUACUUCAUCAUCAUCAUCGCCGUCUGGGAAGCCCGCUCUGGUCCUGAUCCAUGGCUUCGGCCCAAACGGCGUCUGGCAGUGGCACCCCCAAAUCUCCUUCUUCGCCUCCGAUUACAACGUCUUCGUCCCCAACCUCGUCUUCUUCGGCCGAUCCGUUACCAAAUCCACCGAACGUUCGGAGGUUUUCCAGGCCAAGUGUGUGGGGAAAUUGAUGGAGAAACUGGGAGUAAAAAGGUUUUCGGUGGUGGGGACGAGCUACGGCGGUUUCGUGGCGUACCAUAUGGCGAGGAUGUGGCCGGAAAGAGUGGAGAAGGUGGUGAUCGCCAGCUCGGCCAUUAACUUGAGGAAGCAGGACAAUGAUGGGCUGUAUAAGAGGGCCAACGUGGAUAGGAUAGAAGACGUGCUGCUGCCGGCUACGGCGGAGCAGUUACGGAAAUUGCUAUCGAUCUGUACUUUCCGGCCGCCUCCUGGAUUCCUGCCGGAUUUCCUCCUCAACGACCUCAUACGUAAAUUAUACGCAGAAAAUAGGAUAGAGAAGGUAGAACUGCUGUACGGAUUGACCAUUGGAACAGAUAACACGCCCGAAGUCUACCCACUUCAACAGGAAGUGUUGCUUAUAUGGGGAGAGCACGAUCAGUUAUUUCUAUUAGAAAAGGCUACGCACCUCAAAGAGGUUCUGGGGAAGAAGAGUCGUCUGAACAUAAUGAAGAAGACCUCGCAUAUACCGCAGCUGGAGGACGCCUCCCAAUUCAACAACAUCGUCAACCAUUUCCUAUGCGCCGCCGCGCUCCAACGUACCACCUGAUCCAUCAUUACACUCUCACGCCCGGACCCGGACCCGGACCUAGCUGAAGGAGAUGUUUAACGUAGCAAUUGCACACUUGCAUUGAACGACGACAGAGACCACACGAAGAGGAAGAUGAUGGGGUAUAGAUAGAGAAGGAGAGAAUUGAGUAGCUACAUGAUAUGAACUAUGAAGGGCUGUUAAACACCGUUAAAAUAAAACGUGAAUGGGUGGUCAAUUGUUAUCCAAAUAAAUAUCUUGUGUUAAUUUGGUCCACUCAAAAGCUAAGUGUCCAAUAUGAACUUCCUAAAUAACCCUAGUGUCCAUUUUGAGCCUUAUCCCCAAAACUUUAAUUUCAAUUUCUCCGACUAGUCUCACCCAGACGUCUGCAAAUUUGCCUAAGCACUAGGGGUUAGCACCCGACUAACACCUUUUACAACAUUGUUUUUAAAAUUAUAUUAUAAUCUAAACAUAUAUGCAAGUGUAUAAAUUGUUUGUCACUCAAAUUACUUGCUCGCAGAGAAUUUAUCACUCAAAUUAAGUUGUGCAAGAAAGAGUAUCAACACUCCCAUUAUAUGAGAACAAGUGCUUAAACUUAUUUGGAUUACUAACUAUGUGAUUGAGUAUUAGAGUUUUCUUGGGAGAGACUUUUUUUAUUGUACUUAGGGGUGGAUUGUUUCACAUCUUUGUUUUUCUCUUCUUGUUACUUUUUUCUUCCUUUUCCAUUUUUCCUUGCCUUUUUCCUUCCAUGUAAUCUUCUUGGUACUUAUUAAUAAAAUUUUUACUUUGGUUGAAA